AUGGCAUCACGUCCUAUAACAGCUUUGCGACGUGAGAGUGCAACGGUUCAUCCAUUUCCAAUGCCAUCGAUGGUGUCCAUCGUUCUUGGUGCACAAUGGGGUGAUGAAGGUAAAGGCAAACUUGUUGAUUUAUUGGCAUCUGAAGCUGAUGUAGUUUGUCGUUGUCAAGGAGGUAACAAUGCUGGCCAUAGUGUUGUAGUUAGUGGUGUUGAAUAUGAUUUUCAUAUGCUACCAUCAGGUUUUCAUUUAGAACAUUGUGUUAAUAUCAUUGGUAAUGGUUGUGUGGUAAAUUUACCAGAAUUAGUAGAAGAAAUAAAAAAGAAUGAAUCUCGUGGUGUAACAAAUUGGUCGAAACGUUUACUUAUUUCUGAUCGAGCACAUUUAGUUUUUGACUUUCAUAAACAAACCGAUGGAUUAAUAGAACGUGGACGUGGUAAGGGUAGUCUUGGUACAACUAAAAAAGGAAUAGGACCGACAUAUUCAUCUAAAGCAACACGAAAUGGUAUACGUAUGAUUGAUUUAAUGGGUGAUUUUACAAUUUUUGCUGAAAAAUUACGAAGUCUUCAUAAUUAUUAUAAAUUAACAUUUCCUGAUUUGGAAGAUGAUAUUGAAAAAACAAUCGAACAAUUUAAAGAACUUGCCGAAUAUUUUCGUCCGAUGACAAUCGAUACAAUAUCUUAUUUAAACGAAGCUAUUCUUGAUGGUUCAAAAAAAAUUCUUGUCGAAGGUGCUAAUGCAACAAUGCUUGAUAUUGAUUUUGGUACAUAUCCAUAUGUAACUUCAUCAAAUUGUAGUAUCGGAGGUGUAUGCACAGGUCUUGGUUUACCACCAAAAUAUAUUGGAGAUAUUUAUGGUGUUGUUAAAGCUUAUACAACACGUGUUGGUGAUGGUGUAUUUCCAACAGAACUUAAAAAUGAAAUCGGUGAACAUUUACAAACACGUGGUCGUGAAUGGGGUGUUACAACAGGUCGAAAACGUCGUUGUGGUUGGCUUGAUCUUGUUUUACUUAAAUAUACAAAUAUGAUAAAUGGUUUUACAGCUUUAUGUUUAACUAAACUUGAUACACUUGAUGAAUUAGCAGAAAUUAAAGUUGCAACAACAUAUAAACGAAAUGGUGUUGAAUUACCAAAUUUUCCUGCAUCGGUUGAUACAAUGCAUGAUAUUGAGGUUGAAUAUGUUACGUUUCCUGGUUGGCGUGGACGCUCAACAUCUGAAUGUCGUACAUUUAAUGCAUUACCACACAAUGCAAGACUUUAUGUACAAUUUAUUGAACAAUUUCUUGGUGUCCCUGUGAAAUGGAUUGGUGUUGGCAAAGAUCGCAUGGCGAUGGUACGUGUUUUUUAA